AACACAUGCACGUGGGCGAAGCUUGUUGUAAAACCCAGAUGUGGAUGGAAACACUUUCGUUGUAAUCAUUGGAUUUUCCUGAGCCAUGCCAACUUCAAAUGCAAAGACUCAAAAAUCAAGACAUGAUACAGCUGUGCAGGGUACAAAUGACAGCAGCAUUGUUAGUAAAUGCUCUAUGGCCAAGCAUGGCUAUUUCCGGGAUGACUUCCUUCAUAGAUUUGUGGCCAAAGAAGCUCGAAGAGCACCACUAAUUCACAGAGGUUACUUCAUUCGUGCCCGAGCCAUAGAUUACAUCCUGAGAGAGUUCUUGAAACAGUCAACUCACCAACGAAAGCAGAUUAUCUCCCUUGGAGCAGGGUUUGAUUCCAGCUUUUUCCGGCUUGCAUCUGAAGGUCUUCUGGAGGACACGGUAUACAUAGAGUUGGAUUUUCCAGAAGUGGUGAAGAGGAAAGGGGAGAUAAUUCUGCAGACAGACUUUUUAAACACAGACUGCUACAAGCUAAUUGGUGUAGACCUCAGUGAUCUUCACAGACUUGAGGAGCUGAUGAGGCUGUGUCAAAUCAAGGGAGAUAACCCAACUCUAUUACUCUCAGAAUGUGUAUUGACUUAUAUGAUGGCUAACAGCUCCACCAAAAUCAUCAAAUGGGCAAAUGAGACAUUUGGCUUUGCUACGUUUGUGUUAUAUGAACAGAUUAAUCCAGAUGAUGCUUUUGGACAAGUCAUGGUGAAUCACUUCACUAAGAUCGGCUCCCCUCUCCAGUGUAUACAUACCUAUCCCACACAACAGUCACAGCUGGAGCGCUUCAAUCAGGCUGGCUGGGAAAGAGGAGAAGCUUUAGACAUGAACCAGUUUUACCGUUGUUUGGUGACACAGGAGGAAAGAAGGAGAAUCUGUGACCUUGAGCCAUUCGAUGAGUACGAGGAAUGGCAUCUGAAGUGCGCUCAUUACAUGGUGCUGUGUGCUUACAACAACGACAACCGUACCAGGCUUCUAUGCGUUAUAAAUUCAAAGCCUGGAGCUAGUGGUGAUAUUGAUGGUCAGUUGUGUGAGCCAAGGUCAGAUGAUGUCAAGUUAUUGAAUAUCAGACCAGUACCACAACCGCAGAAGUAUUUUUCUAUUAAAUCAACAUGUUUACAUGGCGGACAUUCCAGUAAGUCAUGUGAUAGAGGUGACACAGAUAUUUGUCAGUCACCCAGAGAUGUACUAUCAGGUGGUGGGGAAAAUUUGGGGGGGAAAGGGGAUUUUAAAAGUGAACUUUGUUUGUUAGGUUCUGCAGAGAAAAAAGAUUCAGGUUUCUUGGAAACGGAAUCUACUUUGGAAAAAGUUAGAAGAGACAUCUCUGAUGCGUCUCACUUUGGUACAAAUCUGUGUGAAGCCGAUUCAUGCGAGACAAAUCUGGGCAAGACAAAUACUGGUGAGAUUAUUUCCUGUGAGACAGACCAUAAAGGAUCAGACACCUGUGAGAAAAUUCAGUGUGAGACAAUUUCUAGACCAACAGUGUGCAAACCUCAACCUAAGCUUGUCUCAUUUUCUGAUGAACAGACCAUUAAUCCAAGCAGCUGCCUGCUUCAGCGAUUCGGUCACUCCAGUGUUUUAAUUGGACACCAUAUUGUGACAAUUGGGGGGUUUGGUAACCAUGCCAACAAACAUUGUCGUCUGCAGAAUGGAGUUGUGACUGAUAUUUUGACUGGGAAAAGUGUUGAUGUGGCAAUGCCAGGUGAUUUUAAAUUAGAUGUGCUUCACCAUACUCUGGUUGCCUUGGAAACGGAAGGGUCUAUUCUGCUCUUGGGUGGGCGUCACUCUCCAGUGAAAUGUAACACACAGAUCACUAAGCUUGAGUUGACGCUUGCGCAGGGUCACCGUUGUGCUGCGAGUGCCUAUGAUGUACACAAACCACGUGAUACGACAGCGGAUUCAAGAGAAGGUUCCGAGAAUGUGAAUCUAAAGGAAGUUCCGGAUCAUUUGGAUGAUAGGCUUAUGAGUUCCCAGAGUAUAGAGCCAGGCUUGAUUGUCAGUUACCAAGGAAACAUGGAAAAUGGCCGCUGGCGUCACACUGCAGUUACGCACAGAUCUAAAGUGUAUGUAUAUGGAGGAAGGAAUGAGACAAGUCCAGUCCUGGGGGAGUGUCUGGUGUAUGACUUAAGCUCACACACAUGGUCACAGAUUUCAGCCUUAGGACAGUGUCCAGGCUCACGCCAUUCUCACACUGCAGCCUUGUGGAAUGGUCAGAUGGUGAUUGCAGGAGGAGUGGAUCAGGAGUUAUUGCCCUUGAAUUCCAUCCACCUGCUGAAUGUAGAGGAGCAGCACUGGGUAGAGCUGAAGCUCACAGGACAUCUGAAGCCAAGAUACUCUCACACUUGUCAUGUUGUUGAGGAUUUUCUCAUCUUGGUGGGCGGAGUUAAUCUUGACCACUCCCCUCCUGGACUGGCAGUUGUCAAUCUGCUGACUGGACACUGUGAGGAGUUUGAUUUGCCCCAGAAGAAUGGCAGGGAUGUGGUGAUGUACCACAAGCACAGCAGUAUAAUGGUGGACAGCUCACGGCUGAUGGUGAUAGGGGGUGGCGGCAACUGUUUCUCAUUCGGCACACACAUCAACACUACCCCAGUGGUUCUAGACGUUGGACCAUGUCUGCGGUACAGUCAGGGCUAGGCACGGAGUUGCCACAA